AUGGCAGACAAGAUCAAAGUAUGGUGCUUCCUACUUUUCCUAUUGAAGCUGGUGUCGAAUUUGCAAAAUUGUGCUCAUGCAGCUCCACAGGUGCCUUGUUUUUUCAUAUUUGGAGACUCCUUGGCGGAUAGUGGCAACAACAACAACCUUGUAACGGCUGCUAAGGCCAAUUACCGCCCAUAUGGAAUUGACUUCCCUAAUGGAACCACCGGAAGGUUUACUAAUGGCCGAACCGUAGUGGAUAUGAUUGGUGAACUUUUGGGCUUUAACCAAUUUAUUCCACCAUUUGCAACUGCUAGAGACAGAGACAUAUUGGUUGGUGUUAACUAUGCAUCUGGGGCAGCGGGGAUUCGUGAUGAGAGUGGAAGGCAACUGGGUGAUAGAAUCAGCCUAAAUGAGCAAUUGCAAAAUCAUGCUGCUACAUUCAAUCGCUCGAUUCAAUUACUAGGGACUAAGCAGGCAGCAGAAAAUUACCUUAAUAAGUGCUUAUAUUAUGUCAGCUUGGGCAGUAAUGACUACUUAAACAACUACUUCAUGCCUAGCAAUUAUACAACAAGCCGAUUAUACACCCCUGAUCAAUAUGCCAAGGUUUUAAUUGACCAGUAUAGUCAGCAAAUAAAGCUUCUGUACGUCCUAGGAGCCAGGAAAAUUGCCUUGCCUGGACUUGGAGCAAUAGGCAGCAUUCCUUACUCAUUUUCUACUCUAUGCCGCAACAAUCUCUCUUGUGUGACCAAUAUAAACAACGCAGUCCUCCCUUUUAACGCAGGACUCGUAUCACUUGUUGAUCAACUGAAUAGAGAGUUGAAUGACGCACGCUUUAUAUACUUGAAUUCUACUGGGAUGUCAUCUGGCGAUCCUUCUGUGCUCGGGUUUAGGGUUACAAACGUUGGAUGUUGUCCAGCACGUAGUGACGGCCAAUGCAUUCAAGACUCAACCCCAUGCCAAAAUAGGACUGAAUAUGUGUUUUGGGAUGCCAUUCAUCCUACCGAAGCUUUGAACCAAUUCACUGCAAGAAGAUCGUACAAUGCCUUUCUUCCAUCUGAUGCUUAUCCAACCGAUAUCAGUCAUUUAAUCAGUUAA